GUGUGUUGGUUCAAAUCCUGGGACAACCAUUGCUCCUCGUGCCCCAGUUGAAGAAAUCUAGAUAUCUUUGGAUAAAUUUAGAUAUCUCAAAGUGAUUUGGUUUUAUUUGGAAGAUUUGCUCAUUUAGUGCACAUUUGCACAUCAAGUUUUAAAAAAUCAAAGUCAUUCAACUGGUUCACUUUUGUGGUUUUACUUCCCUCUAAGGUUAAAAACCAACACGAGGGUUGGUGUAAAUAACACAGCUAUAAAUAAUGCAAUUUAUAUUGAUACAUUUGUAUUAAGCACCAGGUGGGAGGGGCCCCAAAAUGUUAUUCUGCUUAGGGCCCCAUAAAGGCUUGAACAAGCCCUGGUGAAAAAGAUGUGCUAAAUACAGAGGUCAGAUUCACAAUCAAUAGUGAAUUUGUUUGUGCAAACUUUUCACAUAAGAUUGUUGUUGUUGUCAUUGAUGGUUUUAUUCAGCAUCAGUUUGACCUCUGAUAGGUUUAAGUGGUAUAAAUGUCACUCACAUGAGCUUAUGUCUAAAAGAAAAUGAACCCCUACAGUCUUUUUUGGCAAAGCAUUUCCAUUUUAAGACACUUGUUUUAUCUUAUAUUUAUCUUAUUAAUUAAUGAUUCUGUUUCAUGUUAGAGUGGCCACACGAUGGCGCUGUCUUCCCACGUCCUGAAACCAGGUUUCGUCCACAAGCAUCUGGACAUAAAUAAACCUUGGAGACAGGAUUUCCUUCAUCUUCACUAUGACUUUGACUGAAAUACCGGACAUGGAUUAUUUCCAUUUAUGAUUUAUUUAUUUUCUAAACAAACUGCUGACUUUCUUUUCUUCAUCUUAAUGGACAAGAAUAAUUAUUUAACUGUCAUUUCACCAAUUUGUAAUUCUUUUUUUUUUUUUGGAUAAAAAGCUGGUUACAUCACGUCCACUUGGACUCCUGAUUACAGUCAUCCCUCAAAGUUAAAUGGAAAUAAUAUAUGACACAAACUGCACAAUAUGUAAUGUACUUUAUUCAGAAUUUAAAGAAACCAAGUGUAUGCCUGAAACUGAGUGAAAAACUCAAAUGAAAAAAUGUCUUGCAAUACACUUUACAAUACACUUUGUUGCGUUUAUUUUGAAUGGUUAACUUCAGUUCGCCUGUUGCGCACGGUCCACUCAGCGCUCCUUGUGCCCGUUGCGCAAUCACGUCAGGAAAAGUGACUCUAUCCAUCUGUGGCCACGCUCAGUGCGCGCUCACAGUCCGCGUCCCUUUAUGGUUUGACAGUGGGGGGGGGGACGUUUUCAUGUCAGUCGGUUAAAAUUCAUUGUUGCCUGUCCAGCCAAUCAUAGUUUUUGACGACACAAAAGAGGCUAAAGUUGGAGUAUAAAAAGGUGUGCGCUAAUCAAGUAUGAUGCCUAUCAGAGUGCGACAUUAAUCCAAACGCAGUGCAGUCACGCACCAGGUCCAACACAAACCGGGAGUCUGUCCUUUAUUAUUAUCAUUAUUAUUAUUAGAAUAAUUAUUAUUUCCUGUAAGUCAAACUUCACGCCUGGGAGACAAUGCAUCUGUCUCACAUUGUUCUUUAUCUUAGUUUGCUGAUUACUUUGGGUCCAGUAGUUCUGAGUGAGCAAGAAACGAACCAGCAGCUCUCCGCCACCAACCCGGAGGACGCGGAACAGUGCGCCACCUGCGAGGUGCGGCAGCAUAUCAAGACCAUGCGAUUAAACGCGAUCAAGUCCCAGAUUUUGAGCAAACUGCGGAUGAAAGAAGCGCCGAACAUCAGCCGGGACGUAGUGAAGCAGCUGCUGCCCAAAGCGCCGCCGCUGCAGCAGCUCAUCGACCAGUACGACGUGCUGGGAGAUGACAACAGGGAUGAAGUCAUGGAGGAGGAUGACGAGCACGCCACCACGGAGACGAUAAUGAUGAUGGCCACUGAACCGGAUCCAGUGGUGCAGGUGAACGGGCAGCCACAGUGCUGCUUUUUCUCUUUUACGCAAAAGUUCCAAGCCAGUCGCAUCGUGCGGGCGCAGCUCUGGGUGUAUUUGCGUCCGGUGGAGGAGGCGACCACGGUGUUCCUGCAAAUUUCCCGCCUGAUGCCGGCCACAGACGGGGACCGACACAUACGGAUCCGCUCGCUGAAGAUCGACUUGAACCCCGGGGUCAGAAAUUGGCAGAGCAUAGACGUCAAGCAAGUGUUGAGCGUGUGGCUGCGGCAGCCGGAGACCAACUGGGGCAUCGAGAUUAACGCCUUCGAUUCGAGGGGAAACGACUUGGCCGUGACAUCCGCUGCGCCGGAUCAGGAAGGACUGCAACCGUUCAUGGAGGUGAAAAUAUCAGAGAGCCCGAGGCGAGUCAGGAGAGACACGGGCCUGGACUGUGACGAGAACUCCCCAGAGUCCCGCUGCUGCCGUUACCCGCUCACUGUUGACUUUGAGGACUUUGGCUGGGACUGGAUUAUUGCCCCAAAGCGCUACAAGGCCAACUAUUGCUCUGGGGAGUGUGAGUACAUGCACUUGCAGAAGUACCCGCACACCCACCUGGUGAACAAGGCCAACCCCAGAGGGACUGCAGGCCCCUGCUGUACCCCCACCAAGAUGUCGCCCAUCAACAUGCUCUACUUUAAUCGCAAAGAGCAGAUCAUCUACGGCAAGAUCCCCUCCAUGGUGGUGGACCGUUGUGGAUGCUCUUGAGUUGGAGAGUGGCGAGGGACGGGAGGAUGGCGGCGGGGCCGUGGCUCGCCCCGGGCCUCCACCUUCAGACUUGAUGACACAAUCAAUCCACCAGUUCCCGAUGCUUUCCUGCAGAACAUGGUGCAAUAGAACCAGAGUAGAGGCCACAAACAGCCCAACUUUCCUGCAGGGCAGCAGCUUUCACAACCGGCAUAGCUCUCUUAUCUCUCUUCCAGUGAAAUCUUAGCCGUAGAGGCUCCAAGUCAGAUCUGUACUGAACACACACAUGAACACGCGCACACACACAUACAUGAUGGACCGUGGAGUGAAUGUAGACAGAUAUCACACACACGAAAACAAGCUUUAUCUCCAUAGUCUCCGUCUUCUGUAAUCUAUCCAUUUAUACACACACGCUGACAGAUUAUACUCAAACGCCAUCUACUCCACUCCACUCCACUUGUAGCCAACAUACAAGCUAUUACACUUUCUGCUAAGCUGCUUGUGAUAAUCUUUUUUUUUUUUUGAGGUGUGUUUUCAGAGAGAAACCAGGAAUCCUCAAAGACUGUUAUUUUAAAAAUAAAAAAGGGUUUGGGAAAAGAAAUCCUUAAAGUGAUAUUUCACACUGGCAGAACAUGUUUUAUGACACGAAAGUCAAAAAUGGCAACAACAUAAACACAGGUCGUAAUCUCAUUAUCCGUUGUAAUUUUUGAUUUUAAUGAAAUACGAAGGGAUUUCAGAAUAAAAUCCUAAAGCGCAGGCGUGUUGGUCGAUCCCUCCUGAGAUCCACAUGGCCACAGCAGGACAAAGUACUGCUUUAAGUCAUCGUCAUCAUCAUCGUCAUCAUCAUCAUGUACUCUGCCGUACACUUCUAUUCACAGCAACAGCAUCCGCUCCCAGUCACACUCACUAUCCAAAACCAAAAGAGCCAGACCUGCCCAAUACACUUGAAUUAUAUUCUGAUUGUAAAUUCACAUUACUGGACAGAAGGACUUGAACUGAAGGCACAGUGAAUGCAGCCUAAAAAUAUAUAUAUAUAUAUACAUAUAUAUAUAUAUAUAAAAAAAUGUCUUAAAGACAGAAGAACGGGGUUUAUUUUUAGACGUGAGGAUGUUGACAUCAAACUCUGUCUUGCAUCAACACAGUUUGCACUAUGGCACACCAAUAGAAGGAAUUGGUUGCUACAGAAAAGUUGUAAAAACUGAUUUUGAUAUGUUUUGCUCAUUUGUAUUUGUACACAUAUGCCAUUGUUUCCUGUGGGAGUUGCCGUUCUAAAAACCACUGUUGGUCAAUGUACGUUAAAAAGAACCACAACCUUUCAAGUAAUUCAGCAACUCUAUACAACUUGUUGUAACAAAUAAAGUUUCUAGCUUGUUUGUGGA